GUGGGUGAAAGUAGCUUCUUUGUGCUAUAUCCCGUCAUGACGUUGCUGCUGCUGCUGUCAACGCUCUUGGCAAUGGCAGAAGAAAACAUUUGGACAAUGGUGGUCCGAAAGUGGUAAAAUUUUAUCGAUUUUCAAGGUGUACGCAAGAAGGUUGCAGCAGAUUGGCCGAGACGCAUUAGUGCACCGUGCACCGUCUGCCAGCCGUCCGCCAGGAUCAACGUGUCCGGCGCCGUGCGUGCUAAAGCGAUUAGCCACCAGCCGGAUCGGCGGUACACAAACGGUCUAGCUGGGAGGGUGGGGCUGGUUGUUCGUUCCUGCUCUGCCCGCUCCGCUCCCGGUCCACACUCAACACACACACACACCCUCGUCUGUUGCUGGGUGCGUUGCUGUGGGCGUGUGUUGUGUCGGUAUGCCUCGUAUCAACUUCAGCCGUACUGAGCGAUUCGCUCAGAUGUCGAAGCAGGAGCAACUGAUCGCACAGAAACGACAGCAAAUACUCGAGAAGCAGCGCACGCUCGAGCUGGCGAAACAGAUCGCGGCCGAAGCGACCAAGGAUACGACAAGCGCCACGGAGACGGCGGAAGCGUCCGAAGCGACGUCCGGAAAGGUGCUGCUACCGUUCAGCAACGACGGCUCAUUCCUCGAACGGUUCAAACAGCUGAGCGAGAAGAUUGUGAAACAGACCGAGGACCAGGUGAAGCCCAUCGUCUCGGAACCGGACGCUGCGGCUGCUGUCGAGCCGACCCCGACAGCGGUGGGUGUGUCUGCCAGCACCAGUAGCGAGCAGAUGUUCAAAUUUGACGUACCACCGCCAUCGCUUUUACCGACGCUACCUCCACCACCGCCUCCACCGCCACCGCAGCUUCCGACCAUGGCGGACGAUGUGCAUUUCGAGCCGUUCUACGAUCUGCCCCCGGUGGUGAUCGACAGUAGCAGCGCCGCGGAUGACAGUGCCGCCCGUCCCGGCGGUGGCGAGGUAGAACUACCGCACGGCCAAGUAUUUUCAGAACAUGAUAAAUUACCAACCACUGUUGAAGAAUUAAUUCAAUUGGUUGCCGAUAUCGGUGAUGUUUAUGAAGAUAAAUUAUGUUCACGUAAAAAUGAUUUGCAUCCGUCGCUUUGGUUCGUGUUCGAUAAGCAGUCGGAGGCGUAUCGUGGCUUUCGCCGGAUGAUCAACGCGCGUCGGGCGACGCGUGCGGAACACGGUACCGGCGGCCCGGCAGUGGCCAGCAGGAGAAUGAACGAUCCAACCGAACCGACCGGCGGCGGCGACGAUGGCGAAGAUGACGAGGAUGAUGAUGAUGCCAAAUAUGAUCCGGCCGACGUGCUGGACGAUUCGAUCAUCGACGAGGGCCAGGAGCAGCAGCAGCAGCACCCGCACACCGGCAGGCAGCGUGGCCCGGAAGGUUCGAAGGCCGGCACCGGCGCCGCGGGCGAGAUCCCCAUUCACAUGAUGCCGAACUUUUACGGCGACGAGCGGCACUUUUACGACGACAAGUCGACGACGGAAACAGACUCGGACACGGAGUACGUGCGGGAGGCCCGCGAGCGCAACCUGAAGAAUCUCAAGCGCAAAACGUUCGACGCGGGCAAUCGGCGCGAGGACGGCAGCUCGACCGACUCGGACGACGAUUACCAUGGCGGGCUGGGCGAUAGUGCGAACGAGUCGCUGAACGACAAGAACGGUGGCAGCUCCGGUGCGGGCGGUAGUGCGACGGGUGGCAGCGGGGGUGGCGGCGCUGGCGGUGGUGGUGCCCGUGCCCAUCGACAGAAGUACCGCAAAAAGUCGCGCUGGGGUGAGAACACCGACGGCACGGGUACGGCUGGCAGCCAGGAAGGAGGUGGCGCCGGGGCAGGAACGGAACAGCAGCAGCAGCAGCAGCAGAAACCGCCACAGCAACAGCUGCAGCAAGGACCGUGGGCCUUAACGGCGGGACAAAUGAGCGUUCCGCCACCACCACCGCCUCCACCACUGCCAGCUGCUGGUACUGCUGUUGCUGCUGCGACGCCGCCCGUGAUCGAUCGGAACAAUCCCGGGCUGUUGCAGUACGUGUUUCACCACUACGGCACGGUGGCGGACGUAUCGCCGGAAUGCUGGAGCAAGGCGGAAGAGCACUACCGCCUGCAGCUGCUGUACGACGAUCUGACGGCGAAGAUACAGCAGCACGAUCGGUUUCUGCGCAACGCCACCGACGGGCAGCGGGUGGAUUCGGACGAGGAGCGCCGCCUGAACACGGUCAAGCUGGAGGCGAUCAUGUGCUGGAUCAGCGAGAUCACGCGCCUGUACGAGCGCGUCCGUCCGAGCCAUCUGAGCGACUUUCUGAUGCGCGACGAUUACGAGCGUUUCGUGGAGCGGUUCCGCCGGACGUCCGAUCGGCAGCCGAACUUUGAGGAUUACAAAGAGUUCCGGCUGCGCGAGGCCAACGGUACGCUGGCCGAGGCCGGGUCCGGCCCGUCCCGGCCGGACGGUGGCUCCGGUCGGCCCGAGUACAGCUCGACCGAUUCGGACUUUGCGUCGUACAACGAUCAGAACCAAUCGGGAACGGCGGCCACCGGUCAGCAGCAGCAGGGUGGUGGUGGCGCAAACGGUGGCAAAACGGAAACACGCAGCGCGGAACACUCGUCCACAGUGGGUGGAAAACGGGCCGCCGAAGGCUCGGUCGAACAGCAGCAGCAACAGCAGCUGGCCGCAAAGCGGCGCAAAAGUCGCUGGGGAGGUCAGGUGGAGUGUGGCGCCGGACUGCAGUUCGUGGCCGGCGUCGCCCAAGCACCUCCGCCCCCCGGGCAGAACUUCCACACACAGCCACCACCACCGCUGCUGCCAGUGCAUCCGCCGGGGCCACCGCCCGCCCUUCCAUCGACCAAGCUGUCCACCGUGAGCCGCACCGAUCCGGCCCUGUUGGCGUACGCGCGACAAAACUUUGGCAGCAUCAACCUGUCGGAGGAGGACUGGAAGAAGGCGGAAGACCACUACAAGAUCAAUCUGCUCUUUCAGGACAUGCUGCGCAAGCGGCAGGAAAUAGACCGGCUGGCCAACAGUGGCCGGUUCAAGUACGAGUACGAUUCGGACGAGGACACGACGGGCGGUACCUGGGAGCACAAGCUGCGCAUGCAGGAGAUGGAAGCGACCCAGAAGUGGGCGAACGAGCUGACGCGCCAGUCGGAGGGCAAGCACCACAUCGGGGACUUUCUGCCGCCCGAGGAGCUGCGCAAGUUUAUGGAGAAGUACGAGGCGCAGAAGCACAACCGCCAGCCGAACCUGAGCGACUACAAGGACUACAAGCUGCGCGAGGACAACGUGGGCUUCCAGAUGCUGCAGAAGCUCGGCUGGAAGCAGGGCCAGGGGCUGGGCGCGGACGGAAGCGGCAUCGUCGAUCCGAUCAAUAAGGCCGCACAGCGCGACAAUAAUCAGGGCCUGGGCAUCAUCACGCCGGACAACCCGGAGGUGAACGAUAACGAGUACGAUGCGUACCGGAAGCGCAUGAUGCUGGCGUACCGUUUCCGGCCGAACCCGUUGAACAACCCGCGCCGAGCGUACUACUAGUUUGCGCGUGAAGCAUUUACCAACCAAUUCGCGUUUGCAUCUGCACUGCGUCCUAUAUCGAUUCCGCUUCGGUAGGGAUAUACUUCGCGGCACUCAAAUUUAUUAUUCAACUAAAUGAAAGCAUAUUUGCAGUGGGAGAGAGAGAGAGAGAGAGAGAGAGAGAGAGAGAGAGAG